AGCCAGCCAGCGCUCCGGGGCUCCAGCGAGCUCUCUCGGCUCAGCCUCCCGAGGCCCGCCGCCUUCCCCCAGCUCCUGUCCUCGGCCGGGAACUCGGCGUCCUCCGUGCCACCGUCGUCACCGCUGCCGACCUCUGCGCCUCAUCCACACAGGCUCCCUGCCUGGCACAAACCGCUCCACCAUGGGGCUGGCCUGGAAACUAGGCGUCCUGUUCCUGCUGCAUGUGUGCAGUGGCAACCGCAUUCCAGAGUCCGGGGGAGACAACAGCGUGUUUGACAUCUUCGAACUUACCGGGGCUGCUCGCAAGGGCUCUGGGAGACGACUGGUGAAGGGCCUUGACCCGUCCAGCCCUGCUUUCCGGAUCGAGAAUGCCAACCUGAUACCCCCUGUGCCGGAUGACAAGUUCCAAGACCUGGUGGACGCUGUACGAGCGGACAAAGGCUUUGUCCUCCUGGCCUCCAUGAGGCAGAUGAAGAAGACCCGGGGCACGCUGCUGGCCGUGGAGAAGAAAGACCACUCCGGUCAGGUCUUCAGCGUGGUCUCUAACGGCAAGGCGGGCACCCUGGACCUGAGCCUGAGUGUGCAGGGCAAACAACAAGUGGUGUCCGUGGAGGAAGCUCUCCUGGCCACGGGCCAGUGGAAGAGCAUCACGCUGUUCGUGCAGGAAGACAGGGCCCAGCUCUACAUAGACUGUGACAAGAUGGAGAAUGCCGAGCUGGACGUCCCCAUCCAGAGCAUCUUUACCAGGGACCUGGCCAAUGUUGCCAGGCUCCGCAUCGCAAAGGGAGGCGUCAAUGACAAUUUUCAGGGGGUGCUGCAGAAUGUGAGGUUUGUCUUUGGCACCACGCCAGAAGACAUCCUCAGGAACAAAGGCUGCUCCAGCUCUGCUACCAAUGUCCUUCUCACCCUUGACAACAAUGUGGUGAAUGGUUCCAGCCCUGCCAUCCGCACUAACUACAUUGGCCACAAGACAAAAGACCUGCAAGCCAUCUGUGGCAUCUCCUGUGAUGAGCUGUCUAGCAUGGUCCUGGAACUCAGGGGCCUGCGCACCAUCGUGACCACACUGCAGGACAGCAUCCGCAAAGUGACGGAAGAGAACCAAGUAUUGGCUAGUGAGCUAAGGAGGCCUCCCCUCUGCUAUCACAAUGGAAUUCAGUACAGGAACAAUGAGGAAUGGACUGUGGAUAGUUGCACUGAAUGUCACUGUCAGAACUCAGUUACCAUCUGCAAAAAGGUAUCCUGCCCCAUUAUGCCCUGCUCCAAUGCCACAGUUCCUGAUGGAGAAUGCUGCCCACGGUGUUGGCCCAGCGACUCUGCGGAUGAUGGCUGGUCCCCCUGGUCUGAAUGGACCUCUUGCUCUGCGACAUGUGGCAAUGGGAUUCAGCAGCGUGGCCGCUCCUGUGACAGCCUCAACAAUCGAUGUGAAGGCUCCUCAGUGCAGACACGGACCUGCCACAUUCAGGAGUGUGACAAAAGAUUUAAACAGGAUGGUGGCUGGAGCCACUGGUCCCCAUGGUCUUCUUGUUCCGUGACAUGUGGUGAUGGUGUGAUCACAAGGAUCCGGCUGUGCAACUCCCCCAGCCCCCAGAUGAAUGGGAAGCCAUGUGAAGGAGAAGCUCGGGAGACCAAGGCCUGCAAGAAAGAUGCCUGCCCCAUCAAUGGAGGCUGGGGACCCUGGUCACCAUGGGACAUCUGUUCUGUCACAUGUGGAGGAGGAGUGCAGAAACGUAGCCGGCUAUGCAACAACCCCACGCCUCAGUUUGGAGGCAAAGACUGCUUUGGUGAUGUGACGGAAAACCAAAUAUGCAACAAGCAAGACUGUCCAAUUGAUGGAUGCCUGUCCAAUCCUUGCUUUGCCGGGGCCAAGUGUACUAGCUAUCCUGAUGGCAGCUGGAAAUGUGGUGCUUGCCCACCUGGUUACAGUGGAGAUGGCAUCCAGUGCAAAGAUGUCAAUGAGUGCCAAGAAGUUCCGGACGCCUGCUUCAACCACAACGGAGAGCACAGGUGUAAGAACACUGACCCUGGCUACAACUGCCUGCCCUGCCCACCACGCUUCACUGGCACACAGCCCUUUGGCCGGGGUAUCGAACACGCCAUGGCCAACAAACAGGUGUGCAAGCCCCGCAACCCCUGCACAGAUGGGACGCAUGACUGCAACAAGAACGCGAAGUGCAACUACCUGGGCCAUUACAGCGACCCCAUGUACCGCUGCGAGUGCAAGCCCGGCUAUGCUGGCAACGGCAUCAUCUGUGGGGAGGACACAGACCUUGACGGCUGGCCCAACGAGAACCUGGUGUGUGUGGCCAACGCCACUUACCACUGCAAAAAGGACAACUGCCCCAACCUUCCCAACUCCGGGCAGGAAGACUACGACAAGGAUGGAAUUGGUGAUGCCUGUGAUGAUGACGAUGACAAUGACAAAAUUCCAGAUGAUAGGGACAACUGUCCAUUCCAUUACAACCCAGCCCAGUAUGACUAUGACAGAGAUGAUGUGGGAGACCGCUGUGACAAUUGUCCCUACAACCACAACCCAGACCAGGCAGACACAGACAACAACGGGGAGGGAGACGCCUGUGCUGCAGACAUCGACGGAGAUGGAAUCCUCAAUGAACGAGACAAUUGCCAGUACGUGUACAAUGUGGACCAGAGGGAUACUGACAUGGAUGGGGUUGGAGAUCAGUGUGACAACUGCCCCCUGGAACACAACCCGGACCAGCUUGACUCUGACUCAGACCGCAUAGGAGAUACCUGUGACAACAAUCAGGACAUUGAUGAAGAUGGUCACCAAAACAACCUGGACAACUGUCCCUAUGUGCCCAAUGCCAACCAGGCAGACCAUGACAAAGAUGGCAAAGGAGAUGCCUGUGAUCAUGAUGAUGACAAUGAUGGCAUUCCUGAUGACAGAGACAAUUGCAGGCUGGUGCCAAAUCCUGACCAGAAGGACUCUGAUGGUGAUGGCCGAGGUGAUGCCUGCAAAGAUGACUUUGACCAUGACAAUGUACCAGACAUUGAUGACAUCUGUCCUGAGAAUGUUGACAUCAGUGAGACUGAUUUCCGCCGAUUCCAGAUGAUUCCUCUAGAUCCCAAAGGGACAUCUCAAAAUGACCCUAACUGGGUUGUACGCCAUCAGGGUAAAGAACUUGUCCAGACGGUCAACUGUGAUCCUGGACUUGCUGUAGGUUAUGAUGAGUUUAAUGCUGUGGACUUCAGUGGAACUUUCUUCAUCAACACCGAGAGGGAUGAUGACUAUGCUGGAUUUGUGUUUGGCUACCAGUCCAGCAGCCGCUUCUACGUUGUUAUGUGGAAGCAAGUCACCCAGUCCUACUGGGACACCAACCCCACCAGGGCUCAAGGAUACUCAGGACUCUCUGUGAAAGUUGUGAACUCCACCACAGGGCCUGGCGAGCACCUGAGGAAUGCCCUGUGGCACACAGGAAACACCCCUGGCCAGGUGCGGACCCUGUGGCAUGACCCCCGACACAUAGGCUGGAAAGAUUUUACUGCCUACAGAUGGCGUCUUAGCCACAGACCAAAGACAGGUUUCAUUAGAGUCGUGAUGUAUGAAGGGAAGAAAAUCAUGGCUGACUCAGGACCCAUCUAUGACAAAACCUAUGCUGGUGGUAGGCUGGGACUGUUUGUCUUCUCUCAAGAGAUGGUGUUCUUCUCUGACCUGAAGUACGAAUGUCGAGAUUCCUAAUCUUCAGCCGUUAAUCAGAGUACUGAUCAUAACCAGUGAUUGCACCUUCUGGAACCAAGGGCUUGAGAACCCUCCCAGAUCACCUCUCCUCACCUGCCUUUCUUCUCUGCUUGCAUCUGUGUGGACUAGAGCACUUGACCUGCCUCAAGAAAAUGAAGUUUCCCAACACAGACUCAGCCUUCAGUCUCUAAUGAAUGAGAAAGCGUCUUUCAAGAAUAUAAACAAUUUACUUUGGUUUACUUUUGCUUUUGCAAAAGUAUCGAUUUGCUUUCCAUUGGAAAGGUGCCCAUUCUCCCUGCUUUCCUCAGAGAGCAGAGUGCUCUCGGGAGGUCAUCUCUGAGCAGUGGACUCGGAAACAUUUUCAGGCAUGUCAGAGAAGGGAGGACUCACUAGAGUUAGCAAGCAAAGCACCCCUGACAUGGGCCCUCAAGAAUAGGAGCCACGGCCAGAGCACUAGGAAGGAUGCAUACCCAAGAGACAAUUGUAUGAAGAAAAUAUGGAGGAGCUGUUACUUAUUCCAUACUAAAUCAUUUUCAGGGGACUCAAAGACUCUUGCUGGAUUUCAUGAUGCUGACCAGUGUUAGCUGAUUAACCCACAGUAACAGACACUUAAGUAAACAGAGAAGGCAGGGAGAGCCUGGCUUCCGGUCUGCCUCUGCCCCUCACAUAUCACCUGCAUUGGCCAGAAUAGGGGUCAGAUGUGGGAAACUGUGCUGGUUGCCCUUGCCUCCUGGUCACAUUGGAAUUGUUGAUUUAUUCAUCACAUACCUUGUGCAGAUGUAGCAGGAAAGUAGGGAAACCUACCAUCUCAGUGAGCUCUGGCUACCUCCCUCAGCAGGGGCAGCCAUGCUUCUAUUUUUAUGGUUAGAAAGGCACAAAAAUUUACUGUCAACCUAACAAAAACAUUCCUUUUCUUUUUUCUUCAAUUAUCAUGGAGUUCUCCAAUUCUUCUGUUUGUUUGUUUGACAAACACUUUAAUUAUGUAAAAUAUUUAUUUUUUACCUAUUCUGGUGGAUCUGUCUGAAGGAUUGUUCAUGGACCCAGGAGGAAGCGUAAGACUAUCCAUCAUCUUUGUUAUGAGUCUUCAUGACUGUAAGAUUGUAAAUACAGAUUAUUUAUUAACUCUGUUCUACCUGGAAUUAGAUUGCAUAUGGAAAACGUUUGUGAGCAGGUAGCUGAGAAUGGUCAGCAAAAUCUCUUCAACGCCAGGGCAUGGAAAGCCAGUGAACCAGCUGCUUUCCCCUUUGUGCUUAGAAUGAAUGAUUUGGAAUUAUUUGGCUUUUACUGUUGUUGUUGUUGUUUUUGUUGUUCCUUUGUUUUGUUUUUUCUUUUUAAGUUGAAUUAGUUGGAUGUGCAUUUGCAAGUGUUACCCAUUGCAAAGAAAAUCAUUAGACCUCUAAUGCUAUUUUACCCCACUCCUUGUGCCUAGUUCCAGGGAGCAGAAAAGCAUAUACACCUAUUUUUUAUUUUCAUUUUUCCAAAAGAGAAAAAGAAUGACAAAGGUGAAACUUAUAUACAGAUAUUACCUCAUUUGUUGUGUGACUGAGUAAAGAAUUUGUGGAUCAAGUAGAAGGAGUUUAAGUUUCUAACAACCUUAAUGCUACUGUAGUACCUAAAAAGUCAAUGUUGUACAUAGUAUAAAAAUUCUUUGAAGAAAGUAUUCCCAAAAAGGAAAUAGCAUUUAAAUGUUAAAUACCGCUUCUGAAAGUUGUUUGUUCUUUCAUCUUGUAUACCAUGGCUUUAUUUUUAUAAAUUAUUUUCUCAUUGCCAUUGGAAUAGAUAUCUCAGAUUAUGUAGAUAUGCUAUUUAAAUAAUUUAUCAGGAAAUACUGCCUGUAGAGUUAGUAUUUCUAUUUUUAUAUGUUUGCACACUGAAUUGAAGAAAUGUUGGUUUUUCUUGUUUUGACUUGUGUUAUUGCUUUUUACUCCCCAGUUUUUACUAUUUGCCAAUACCCUUUUCUAGAAAUGUGCUUUUUUGUACACAUUUUUAUCCAUUUUACAUUCUAAAGCAGUGUAACUUGUAUAUUACUGUUUCUUAUGUACAAGGAACAACAAUAAACCAUAUAAAAUUUA